AUGGCUGAUGAGAAGCCACGAAGAAAACUAAUUUUACACUUUGAUGCCAGGAAUACUUUGUUUCUGUCAGAUAAAAGUUAUCGUUUUACUAUUGAAGAGGCACUUAACAAUUACAUUUCUGGAAUUGUAUGGGGUCAAUUAAAAGAAAAAUCUGAAAAAAAUGAAAGUAAUGAUGUACAAAACAAUUCUGAAACCAUCUUAUCAAUGGAUUCUAAUCAAGAUCAUUCAACUGAUACGAAUGAAAUAAAUGAAAGUCAAAGUGAAAGUAUAAAACCUGUAAAGUAUCAAGUUCUUAACGAAAUGAAUCCAAAUCAGAAUCAUGAAGUUAACUCUUGUAAAACAACAAUAACCACCCCCACAACGACAACAAUCACAACUUCAAUGGAUACUCGUCAACCAUAUGAAGGUGAAAAUUUUGAAAAUUUAACAUCAAAUGAAUUAGCUAAUUUUAAAUCAACAUUAGCAUGUUGGAAUCGUUUACCAAUACCAUUAUGUAUAAAACAACCUCAACCAAAUGCAAUAAGUAUCUAUAAAUUAUUAGAGAAACAAAUUGUUAAAAUAACAUCAGAUAGAGGUAGAAUAAGAAAAUAUUUAGGUAAUUUUACACAAACACCAGAAGGUUUACCAUAUCGUAAUUUAUUUAAUGAAUAUUUAGAAAUGUUAAAAUUAACACCAAUUGAAUCCAUUAAUUCACCAUAUUGUUUAUGUGUAAAUAGUGGGAAAAUUAAUAAUCACCAUGGCAACAACAACAAUAAUAAUAAUAAUAAUAUAAAUGAGAAUGAGGAUAAUCAUUAUUAUCAUUAUUUAAUGCCAGCUUUUUAUCGUUUAUUAACAUGGCUUAUUGAAACAAAUCGUCAAUUUGCUAUAUUUAUACGUACCUAUGGUAAAGAUGGUGAACAUAUUUUAUCAGCUAUUGAAGCUUAUAUUCAUGGUAAACAUUCACAAGAGAAAGCACCAUUCAAUGCUAUACAAUAUAUACCAAUUGAUUAUACUAAAUGGUAUUUAAAACGUUCUGAUCAUGAACCAUUAUUUCAAUUUAUAAAAGAAAUUUCACAUAAAGAUUCAUUAGAUUCUGAUAAACAAUUUAUUAAUAUAUCAAAUAAUCCUAAUGAAAUUUAUAAUAUAUGGUCAAAACAAAUUGGUGUAUUACAUGUAAUAGAUGAUUUUAGUUAUUGGAAAUUACAUAAUUAUCAUUAUAAAUCAUCGAAACCUUUAUGGUUUAAUCCAUAUGAUCCACAUAUUCAACAUAUAUUAUUUGAUGAUAAUAUACGAUUUGAAGAAGAUGGUUCUAAUGUCAUUGAUUUAUAUCAACUUAAUACUACUACUACUACUAGUAGUAGUAGUAGUAGUAAUAAUAGUAAUGGUAAUAAUGAUGACAUAACUUCAUCAGAAUCUAAUCAAUAUUAUCAUCUUGAUAAUAAAGAAGCUAUGAAAUGGGAAAAUAUUUAUUAUGUACAAGCAGAUUUAUUAAAUAUAAUUAAAAAUAGAAAUUAUUUUAUUGAAAAAAUUAAUGAAUGUGAAUUGAAUUUAGAUCAGAUACAAAAACAAUUCAAUAUAAUAUGA